AUGCUGGAGAAGCAUGAGUCGCGUACUAGCGAACACGACGAACACACGGAUACUGAUUAUAUGCUGCACUGCUCCGUUUGUGCGCUGCAGUUCCCGACCAAGUACAUCAUCAAACAUAUAGAGCGCUGCUUUUUCCGCGCUGAACGACAGUCAUGUUUCGGGACAGCAAAUAAGUCGCGGGUCAAUCCUUAUAACAUCUUCUGCGAGGAGUACAAUAAAUCAAAUAAUACGUUCUGCAAACGUCUUCGCGUGUUAUGUUCCGAACACAGCAAGCCUGUGGACGGUAAUAGGAAAGUAAGUUGA